CAGGAAUGGUUCUUCCUGGCCGAAGAUCAGAAACUAACACAGUAACAUUUUCGUGAACUGCCAGCGCUAAACAACGUAGAGAACAACGCAUGUAAGUAGAACAAGGGACAUAGAAGUGAUAAGUCUUAUGUUGUCGGAGAGAGGAAGACCGAACAAAAUUAUGUGGCACUACUGCGUUUGAUCGCGCGUGACCUUUCGACAGGCGGAGGACAAUCUCGACGCGACUGAAAAUCGGUCGCACAAUAUAACGCCGACAAAGAGGUUCAGGGUGCGGCAGUCACUGAAGUAGCCACGUCGCCGGAAAAAAAAGAGGAAUGCCUCCGAAGUUGAAGUUGGCGUCUCCGGAGCUGGAAGCGAUUGUUGCAAAUCCCGCAAACCAAGAAUGCGCAGAUUGUGACGCACGAGCGCCAAGAUGGGCAAGUGUACGAAAUUUUGGCAGAGUUUUCAUCUUGCUUUGACAUCCCAUGUAAAGGGGAAACAUGCAAAGGAUGGAGCCUGUUUAUACGACCUAAACCACUUGCAACUCAAAACAGGUAAACCUGGGCUGCCUAGUGUGCAUAGAUUGCGCCGGGAUCCAUCGCCACCUCGGCGUUCAUAUUUCCGUAUAGCUUCGUUUGCGUUGAAAAUUUCAGUAUGUAUAGGGUCAUAGUCCCUUUCCCAUUUCACCUCACGAGAGUAGAAGCACGUGGUGUCUCGAACCAUUUGAUGAUUUCAAAAUCAAAAAGGAUUCACAUUUCGCCAGAUUCAGGAUUAUGCAUAGUCGUGAAGUUAUUGAUUACGAAUGGGAAUGUAACUCCCUGAAAAAAUAUCGCAGGUGAUGAAGAGUGUAACGCUUGACAAAUGGCAACAGAAAUGGCUGGAUAAUUGCGGAAAGCUUGGGAACAAAGUCGUCAACAGCUACUAUGAGUAUUGAUAGGUUCUUUGUUUUUGUUCUCGUGCCUUCCCUGCGUGUCUGUAUGCAUUGACAACUACACAAAUCCUGAAGAUAACAUCAUUUGAGCAGGAAAGAAAAUCACAUAAUCAGGGCGCUAUUAAGCGGGAGCCGCAAGCCGACCGCGCAAAGUUCAAUUGAGACGAAGCGUUCGUUCGUCAUCGCUAAGUACGAACGCAAGGAGUGGUGCCCCCGAGGGUCCAACCAGCCUCCGCCCAACGAGCUGCUAGCUCAGGGAAGGGAUCCAGAAUGCUACCUGAACGGGACUGCAAACGGCGCGUCGGCGAACGGACACGGGGCCACGGCUUCAGCCCGCACUGGGGACCCGCGGAUCGACGACUUUUACGCCGGGUCCCGGAAGAACCAUGCAGCGUCGUCCAAUCCGACGAGCAGUAGCCGUGGCGCGGGCGGCGGUGGCGCAAAGCCCUCUGCGCCGGCGAGCUUGCUAGACGACUUUGGCGACUUCGGGUUUCCUGCCGCCGGAGGAGGGCCCGCGUCCGGAUCGGACGACUUCGGAAGUUUCACCGCAUUGUCCGCGCCGCUGCAGCCGCAACCAGCGGCCCCCUCCAGCAGCAUCGACGACUUGUUUGCGGUGACCAACACGAACAACUCCGCGGGUGGGACCGAUUUCACGGCGUUUGCGUCCUUCCCGACAACUUCCGGCCCCGACGCCACCGCGGGCGGCGGGUCUGCGUCUUCGGGAGCCUUUUCCUUUCCCACCGGCAACGGCGCGCCGGCUGCUCCCGCCACCCAGGCAGACAAACUUGCGUCCUUCAACAGCAACCUGGCAAACUUGUACUCCAGCGGCACUGCGUACCAGAAUCGGGGUAACAUGGACGCCUUUGCGGACGCCUUCGGUGCCGGUCAGCCGCCCGGGGGUUUCGGCGGUGGCAACAUGGGCGGCAUGAAUGCCAACCCGAUGAUGGGCGGUAACAUGGGCGGCGCGCCGUUUCAUGGAAACGGCUUCGGGGCCGCCGGCGGGGCCGCGGGUAUGAACCCAAUGAUGGGGCCGCCCGCCGGGGGAAUGAACAUGAAUUCCACAAGGCCGCAAUACGGCAUGGGCGGUAACCACCCUAGUGCAGGCAGCAGUGCAGGAGGUCAACAUCUGGGCGGACCACCAAACAACAUGCUGCAUCCCUUCAGCAAUCCAGUUGGUCAACCACCAGGAGCGGCAAACAAUUUGAAUCCCAUGAUGCAGUUGCAGCACCCCAAUAGCGGAGGUAGCGCCAACAACCUCAACCCGUACAUGAACAUGCAUUCAGGAGGCGGGUUGGCGGGGAUGGGACCCCCGCAGCCCGGGCCCGGGCCGACCUACACGGGAAACGGCGUGGCCAGGAAAAGCGGGGGUCUCGAAGACCUCAUCGCAGGGACGGUCCCAUCCCAGUACCUUGACAGCUUCGCGAGCAAUUCUCCAAAAAGUACUUUGUUUUUCUUUCGCAAUUUUCAAUGCAGCUCCGUGUGUUUGUUUUGCUGUCAGCUAGGAAUAAAUACGUAAACGAAUAGUCCUGCUCGUGUUAAAAGAGAAAAUUUAGAUUUGUAAUUGCACAAAAUAAAAACACCACAGAUAAAUCGAAGAACUCGCCGAAGAGCGCACAGGGGCCGCUGCAUGACAUAGAUCCCUUUUCGGUGUUUUAGUCAGAUGCACUGGGUCGUGGUUAAUGUAUGUAAAUGCUUUUGGAGAUGGUAACGACAGACGACAGCGCACCCGAUGGGCUUGCUUCUUUUCCAAUGAACCAUAUCGCAGCGACACUUUCAGUUUUUUGCGGCACAAAACGAAAGGAUACGUAUUCAUUGACAGUGGUUAGCGAC